UACUCCGGUCGCCGGAGGCUGCGUCACACGCACAUCAGUGAAGUCUACUUCACUAUCGGCGCGCAUGCGCAAGAGCGCGCAGUUCGGCGGGACAUUCAAAAUAUUUUAAUUUUUUUUAAUAUUUGUUUCUUAACUUUUUUUUGUCUUGUGCUUGUACUGUACUGUGGUGUUGUUCUGUGUUGUUACAAUAACUAGGAGUUGUUGGCAUGGUCGCGUAAAGAUGACGGCUUAUAACUUCAGAUCGCUGCUACUAGCAGUAAUCGUAUUAAGUAAUUGUAUAACAUGGACGGCUUCGAGACACCAUUACGCACACAAUGUUCACCAACACCGCACCAGACACAGGCGGCAAGGCGCCGGCCUAUAUCUACCUGCAUCCUACGUCAUACCUGGAGGAGAAGGGUCGGGACCCUGGGGAGACUGGGGGGAGAUCUCCCCUUGCUCUAGGACCUGCGGAGGAGGCGUAGCCAGCCAGAAGAGAAUAUGUCUGGAGCCAGGACCACGCAACUCGUGUACUGGCGGCGACACGAAGUACUUCUCGUGCCAGACGCAGGACUGUCCCGCCGGCUCGGGCGACUUCAGAGCCGAGCAAUGCGCAGAGUUCAACGACGUGGAGUUCAGGGGUUACAAGUACAAUUGGGUGCCGUACACGAAAGCCCCGAACCCUUGCGAGCUGAACUGCAUGCCACAUGCUGAGCGGUUUUACUUCCGACACAAGAAGAGCGUGAUCGACGGCACCAGGUGUAACGACGAUUCCUUCGACGUGUGUGUCGCCGGUGUCUGUCAGCAUGUGGGCUGUGACAUGAUGCUGGGCUCCAGUGCCAGUGAGGAUAAGUGUCGGGAGUGCAGAGGGAACGGCACCAACUGUCACACUAUGGAAGGAUUGUUCGACUCACAGGAUCUCCUAAAAGGCUACAACGACAUCCUGCUGAUUCCUGAAGGCUCCACCACCAUCAUUAUUGAGGAAAUACAACCAUCAAAUAACUACUUAGCAUUGAGAGCUAAAAACGGCACGUACUACCUGAACGGCCACUACCACAUCGACUUCCCGAGGAGCAUCAUGAUCGCUGGCGCUCUCUGGACAUACGAGCGCAGUCAGCAAGGUUUCCCUGCGCCUGACAAACUCCGCUGCCUAGGACCUAUCACAGAACCUCUGUAUCUCUCCCUUCUUCUGCAAGAUGAAAACGUCGGGAUUAAAUACGAGUACAGCAUCCCCAACAACUCUACGCCCCCCACCGACAAGCAGUACAACUGGGUGCAUGAGGAGUUUACGCCUUGCAGCGCCACCUGCGGCGGUGGUUUCCAAACCCGCAACGUGACAUGCAGAUCGAGGGAAGAGUUGGAGGUGGUUGACAGCAACUUAUGUGACGAGGGUCUGAAGCCCCCCACGAACCAGUCCUGUAACCAAGACCCCUGCCCCGCGCAGUGGGUGGCGGGACCUUGGGGAGACUGCUCCAAGAGGUGUGGCAGCGGAGGCGUCAAGUCUCGGGAGGUCACGUGCCAGAAAGUCAUUGCUAAUGGCAUCGCAUCCAUAGUCCCGGACAAGGAGUGCUUCGACUUGUUGGGCCCUAAACCGGAGCUGUUCCAAAAGUGUAACGAAGAUGCUCCCUGCCCAGACUGGUUCGUGGGACACUGGAAACCGUGCGACAAACUCUGUGACGAGGGUAAGCAAAGAAGACAGGUGGUAUGUCGCCAGAAGAUCAAUGGCCGUGUCACAGUGCUCGGUGAUGGAAACUGCACAGACGAGAAGCCAACAGUUGAGCAGAAGUGUAUGAUACAGCCCUGCGACGGUGUGGACUGGGUCACUUCUGAUUGGUCUGGGUGCGACACCUGCUUCUCAAAAAUAAGGACGCGAUCAGUAACUUGCGCGACAAAGGGUCGUCAGGUCUUGAAUGACAGUUUCUGUACCUACCACAACCGGCCAGUGGAGCAGGAAGAGUGCGAGGAGAGCAAGCUACCACCAUGUGAGGUGCAGUGGUACGCCACACAGUGGAGCAAGUGUUCCGUUGAGUGCGGCGAUGGAGUCCAGACCAGGAAGGUGUUCUGUGGCUUGCUGAACGACGACAGCGUGGAAAAAGUUGAAGACGCCAAGUGUGCCCACCUCCCGAAGUACAAUGACACCAAACCUUGUUCUGUGCCCAAAGAGAAGUGUCCUGCGCAGUGGUUCACUGGACCCUGGACAGAGUGCUCCAAAAAAUGCGGCGGAGGAGAGCAAUACAGACGAGUGAUGUGUCUGCGAGGGUCUGAGGAGUCCACCGACUGUCCUGGCGAUGUGGUGCUCGACUCCACGCAGUUCUGCAACACUGGACCCUGUGACCAAGAUACUCUGCUGCCAGUGGACAAACACUCCACCGUGGUUACUGAUGAUUACGAUGAAUGUGAAGAGGACGAGAUGGAAGAAGUCGGAUUGGACUUCGAUCUGACUACGCCUGAUUUCCCGCUCAGCGACGCCCCAAUAACCAGUUACGCUGAACAUGAAGUUUCUUUGGAUACUGGAUCUGGAUUUUCAUCGUUGUCCACUGAUUAUCUGACGACGGACGAGGGGUCAGGGUUCAGUAGCUUCUCGACAGACUCCACAGACGUCACGUACGACGACGAGGAGGGUUCUGGUGAAACCUCAGUGAAACCGUCAGUUUCCACAACUACAACUGUUAUACCACCUCUAGAACCUGGUGUUGUUGCAAGCGUCGCUACCAAACUUGGAUCGUCACCAAUAACUGACUCAACGUCAAGCGAUAGUGAUUCAACCGAAAGUUCAGCUUCUACGCCGACUGGUCUCACUGACGAAACCGAGGAGACUGCGUCUACUGAUUCCACUGGCUCUACUGAUGCCACUGGCUCUACUGAUGCCACUGGCUCUACUGAUUCCACUGGCUCUACUGAAUCCGAAUCUACUGCCGAAACCGCAUCCACAUCCUCAGACGAGACUGGUGCUACAAGUUCAACUGAAGCUGCUACCAAAGAAACUGAUACCACAGAAUCAACGUUAGAAGCAAGCAGCAAAGCUACUGGAAGCGAGUCUACAUCCUCGGAUGAGACUGGCGGUACUGUUUCAACUGAAGCAACUACCAAAGACACUACCGGAUCAACGGAAGAGGAAGAUACAUCAAGCACAGACAGCAGUCUCUCCACUGAUGCCAAGGAAACAGGAUCUACAGAAGCAACCAGUUUAGCGGCAUCUGAAAGCACGGGCACUUCCGACACAUCUAGUACAAGUGGCACUGAAAGUACCGAUUCUUCUAGCGAAUCUGACAAGACUACUGAAAAUGUUUCAGCAUCAUCUAUCGGAACAGAUGAAACUAGUUCUACUGGAGAAACCGAUUCAACUGUUACAGAAGAAACAAGUGGUACUGAGUCGACAAGCUCUGAAGAUACUGAUUCCACUGAAUCUACAAUCACGAAUGAAACUAGUUCUACUGAAUCUGCGCCUACGGACACAUCAAGCGCUACAGAAUCUACACCUACUGAAUCCACGGUUACUGAGGAAUCAAGUCCUUCAGAAUCCACUAUCACUGAAGAAACUGACACGACUGGCACAACAGACGCAAGUGAAACUGAUACUGACGUUACUGGAACAGCUACAGACACAAGCUCAACAGAUACUGAAGAGACGACAGAUGAUCUAUCAACUACAGAUCUGACAACAUUAGCUGCUUCAAAGGGUUCAACAUUAACUACUCGUGAGAUGCCAGCCGAACCUGAGGAAACCACUACUCCUAAGGAAGUGAGCAGUACUGAUAGCUCUGAAUCGACAAUUGAAACAAGUUCAACUUCAGAAGUCGAAUCUACUACCACGGCAGGAGUAACUACAGGAGAAUCAGAUUCAACCACUGCGGAAUCAGGUGCGACUACCGAGGAAUCAGGUGCGACUACCGAGGAAUCAGGUGCAACAACUGUAGAAUCAGGUUCAACGACUGUAGAGUCCGAAUCAACAACUGCAGGAUCAGGUUCGACAACUGUAGAAUCAGGUUCGACAACUGAAGAAUCAGGUUCCACAACUGUAGUAGCAGAAUCAACAACACUAAAUCCGGAAUCAACAACCGAAGAAUCAGGCUCAACAACUUCUGCAUCUACCAAUGCGGAAUCGGAAGAAACUGAGGAAAGCACUACAGGUGCUAAGAGCACUACUGAAAAUGUUGAAAGUAGUUCAGUGGCUGAAUCCACUGAAGGUACAACUACGGAAGCUGUAACCAGCACACCAGAAGGGGAAACGACUGUUGAGACUACUGGAAGUAGCCUGUCAUCUGGAUCAACUGAGGAAAGUUCUGCUGCCUCAGAAACCGAGUCUACAGUAGAAGGUAAAUCUACCACGGUUUCUGGUGAAACAACGACAGAAAUCAGCGGAUCGUCCACAGAACAAUCUACUACUGAAACUAGUGAAGGUGCUACAUCAACCGAGUCGCCAGCAGAAAGCUCUACUCUAUCAGAAAGCACGACUGGCUCAGAAUCUUCUACUGAACUAGGCACUGAAGAAACCACUGGAGUUUCAGGCUUUACGACAACAGAAGAAUCUACGAGCGCAGCAGUAUCAAUAUUCGAUACAAAACUGCCCAAAAGUCCAGUCUGCAAGCCACGAAGGAAACCCAAAUGUAAUAAAACGAAGUUCGGCUGCUGCCCUGAUAACAAGACCACCGCUUUGGGUCCAUUCGAUGAAGGCUGUAGCAAACCACGCACAUGCAAGGAAUCCACCUACGGUUGCUGUCCUGACGGUUUAUCCCCGAAGCUGGGCGACACUGAUGAAGGCUGUCCCGUGGAGGCGUGCGCAGACACGUUGUUCGGCUGCUGCCUCUCUGACAACAAGACGGCGGCUCAAGGCAAUGACCAGGAGGGAUGCCCACCACCACCGCCAGCCUGCGCAGCGUCUGAGUUUGGCUGCUGUGCUGAUAACGAGACUGAAGCAAUCGGACCCAAAAAGGCAGGAUGCCCAGAAACUUCAACCACUGCAGCUGGUGCAGAAACCACAAGUGAAACUACUGAAGCUCUUGAAACGAGUGAAGGAAGCACCACCACGUCGGCAGGUAGUACGGAGAUCGGUAGCACCCUGGACCUGUGCAGUAGUUUCGAGUUCGGAUGCUGCGCUGACAACCAGACUGAAGCCAAGGGACCCGACGGUCAGGGAUGCCCAUGCAACGCGACUGAGUUUGGUUGCUGUCCUGAUGGUGUCUCUCCAGCUAAAGGAGCAGACAGCGAAGGUUGCCCGGGUCCCUGCAGCACGUCACCGUACGGUUGCUGCGAGGACAACAAGACCCCUGCCCACGGACCCAACUUUGAAGGAUGCUGCUUACUGCAAGCGUUUGGAUGCUGCCCAGACAACCGCAAGCCUGCCGAAGGUCCACAUCUUGAAGGAUGUGGGUGUCAAUACUCGAUCUACGGAUGCUGCCCUGACAACGUCACCAACGCUCAGGGAGCAGACAACCAGGGCUGCGGCUGUCAGUACACACAGCACGGCUGCUGUCCGGACAGACAUACGGCUGCCGCUGGCCCCAACAACGAAGGCUGUGACUGCAGCACAUUCCAAUUCGGUUGCUGCCCUGAUGGCGUCACCAUCGCCAAAGGACCUGACCAGCAGGGCUGCCACUGCCGCAACUCCUUGUACGGCUGUUGCGGAGAUGGCGUUACUCCAGCGACUGGUCCUGACGCUGCAGGCUGCGACUGCUCCUCCAGUAGAUAUGGCUGCUGCCCCGACGGAAAUACUGAAGCAACUGGUCCUAAGUUCUUUGGGUGUACUGAUAUACCUGAAAUUAAACAAGCUGCCUGCAGCUUACCAACGGACCCAGGCUCAUGUCACAACUUUACGGCGAUGUGGUACUUCGAUAUGACAUAUGGAGGCUGCUCCCGUUUCUGGUACGGAGGCUGUGAGGGUAACGGAAACCGUUUCGCCACGAAAGAGGACUGUGAGGAUGUGUGUGUACAGCCCUCACCUAAAGAUGCAUGCAACCUUCCGAGCGUAAAGGGCGCCUGUGACGGUAGCUACGAGCACUGGCACUACAAUAGCACGCGCGAGCAGUGUGUUCCGUUCCUAUACGGAGGCUGCCUCGGCAACGCCAACAACUUCGAGACCAGGGAGCUCUGCCAGAAGCAGUGCGAGCCUAAAGCGGUUGAAGGGCAAUGCGACCUGCCGAUAGAGCAGGGCUCGUGUGCCGGCAACUUCAGUCGCUGGGGCUUCAACCCUGCCACCCGCAGCUGCGAGCAGUUUAUAUGGGGAGGAUGUGAGGGCAACUCCAACCGGUUCAAUACCGAGGCCGCUUGUCGGAUGCGCUGCAACCCACCAGGGUCACAACCACCUCAGUGCGCAGAGGCACAAGAAGCAGGCUCUUGUGGCAAUAAGGAAGCUCUCUGGUCGUUCAGUGUGUCAGAAAACCGCUGCGUACCAUUCUACUACAGCGGAUGUGGAGGCAACAACAACAGGUUCCCGUCCAGGGAGGCUUGUGAACAGACCUGUCCUGCCGCUUACGUGCCCGAUAAAUGCACGCUGCCCGCCGAAACCGGUCAGUGCUCCAACUACAGGGAACGGUGGUUCUUUGACACCACGUUCAAGAGAUGUCGUCAGUUCUACUACGGUGGUUGCGGCGGUAACGAGAACAACUUUGCCACCGAAGCAGAGUGUGAGAACUCGUGCGCAGAGCUUAGGACCACCACCACCACCACCACCACAGUCAGACCUGUUGAACCACGACCGCAAGCAGGUCCAGAGGAACCAUCAAGGCCUGAUAUUUGCUUCCUGGACAUCGACGCUGGUCCUUGUGACACCAUGCAGACUCGGUUCGCGUACGAUCGCAAGCUGGGGCGCUGCGUCACCUUCGAGUACGGAGGCUGUGCCGGCAACCAGAACAACUUCCCAGACCUGGAGUACUGCAGCUUCUACUGCCACCCCAUACAGGACAUCUGUCAACUGCCGAUGCUGGCUGGACCCUGUGACGACUCGCAGAUGCGCUGGUUCUACGACCCCAGCUCUGACAGCUGCAGUCAGUUCACCUACGGAGGCUGCGAAGGCAAUGACAACAGAUUCGAGACCCGCGAGGCUUGCGAGAGCAGAUGCAAGACCGGGCCGGUGCCGGCAGCCACCACGCCGUCGACCACUGUGGCAGUAGGUUCGAGGUUCGGAGAGGACUUGGAAUCAGAAUGUAAAGUAACGGAGUCGCUCGAGGAGUGCCAGCACGGCGGCCAAGUGUGGUACUUCGCGCCAGAACAACGAGAGUGCGUGUCCCACUCCAACCGGGAGUCUGGCGCGGUCUGCAGGCACACCGGCACCUUCACGUCACAGGAGGCUUGCGAGAGGUCGUGCGGAGCCUUCCGAGGAGUUGAUGUUUGCAAGCAAGCUAAGGACGAGGGUCCGUGCCAGUCAUAUGUCACGAAGGUCUACUUCGACGCCGCCACCGGUCGCUGCCGUGAGUUCAGCUACGGAGGAUGUCUGGGAGGCGCCAACCGCUUCUCCACCGUUGAAGAAUGCAAUCAAGUCUGCGAGACUGCAGUUGCUGAUCCUUGCGUACUCCCUCCUGAGGCGGGCACCUGUAGUGACUACAUCCGACAGUGGUACUACGACCCAGCUUACGACCAAUGUAACCAGUUCGCGUUCACCGGCUGCGGCGGUAAUGCCAACAGAUUCGAGACCCGACGUGAAUGUGAGUCUCGCUGCAAGCGUCCUGAGCUGCGCACCACUACCACAGUAGCCCCACAACCACCACCGCAGCCGCAAGCAGAACCAGAAUGCAAGACCCCAACUUCACUGGAACCAUGCGGCAACAACGUGACAGUGUUCUACUACGACGCGGAGAGUCGACGGUGCCUCGUCAGCGGCUUCGGAGGUUGUGGACAUCCGAACUCCUACAGAACGGAGGAGGAGUGUGAGAGGACCUGCGGUGCCUUCCGCGGACUAGAUGUGUGUGGCGCUCGCCUGGACCCGGGUCCAUGCCGCGCUUCCAUCCCCAAGAUCUAUUGGGACGACAUAUCCGGCUCCUGUCAACCGUACGCGUACGGCGGCUGCAAUGGCGGACCCAACCGGUUCUCCAACGUCGAGGAGUGUGAGAGUGUGUGUGGAGGCACCGGACCUGCGCCGGAGUGCCUGCAGGCGGUCGACACGGGCGAGAGCUGCGGGGUCGCGGCGGCGCAGCGCUGGCACUACAGCGUAGCGCACGUCGACUGCGUCGUGUUCGCGUACCUCGGCUGCGGCGGCAACUACAACAACUUCCGCUCCUACGAAGAGUGUGCGGACGUCUGCGGACUGUCGCGUACGAGCGCCCGCGAUGAUCCGAACCAAGUGCCGGUACCCGACUGCACGGCCGCCCAGCAACAGUGCGAGGCACUCGACUGCCAAUACGGUGUUGCUAGAUUCAUGCAAGAUGGAUGUGUGAGGUGCCAAUGUAACGACGACCCAUGCGUCCGAGCGAACUGCUCGUCCCACGAGCGCUGCGUGGCUGUGGCCGUCAGGAACCCAGCGUACCAGGAGCCACAGUAUUCUGCUACUUGUGUCGAAGAGACAAACGAGAUAGACGACUGCGAGGAGUACGUGGCGAACUGUUCGCGCCUGCGCUGCGAGUACAACAUCCAGCGCACGCGCAUGCCGAACGGAUGCGACAAGUGCUCUUGUGUGCAGCUCGAGACCGACUGCACGCCACUGAUUGACGAGUGCGCGACCAUCAAAUGUAACUACGGAGUGCAGCAGACCGUCGGAGCCGACGGAUGCCAGAGAUGCAGCUGCAAAGAGUACCCGUGCGAGAAGAAAUCGUGUCCGCCAGGCGACCGCUGCGUGGUCAUCGCUUACAACGAUGGUAUCGAUUUAGAAACGAAGUACACCGCGGACUGCAGGACUGUGUCGAAGCCUGGCUUCUGUCCGAUGGAUGAAACGACUACGAACGAGGUGACAUGUCGCCGCGAAUGUUACGACGACGCCGACUGCCGAGGAGUGGGCAAGUGCUGCAGGCGCGGCUGCAGCGACCUCUGCCUGGCGCCCGUCGAGCCGACGUCCCCGCCUCCACUCAUCAACACUACUUUGGCACCUGACGUACCAGCGCCACCACAAGCGCUGCCGCAGCAAGAGCCUGAGGUGGCAGCUUCGGAAGGUGGUAAAGCUACCCUCCGGUGUCUGUUCCACGGCAACCCUCCGCCCAAGAUCACGUGGAAACAUGGAGAGCUCACUAUCGACGGCAGCGCGGGUCGCUACAGGCUGAUGUCGGACGGCGCGCUGGAGAUCGUGUCUCUAUACCGGAACGACACCGGGGUCUACAUCUGUGUGGCCGACAAUGGGCUCGGAGUGGCCACGCAGGAGAUACACCUGGUCGUCAACGAUCCUGUGAGGGCGCCUGUCGGAAUUGCCGGAGAUGAGAAUGCCGUGGUGACCGGAGAGUUGGGCUACCCGCUGUCAGUGCGGUGCCUGGCGUACGGGUACCCGCCGCCCACCGUGUUCUGGUACAGAGGCUUUGACGGAACGAUGGUCCCAUACAAUGACGCCGUGUUUGAAGCGAGAGGCAAUGUGCUCCUCAUCAGAAGUCUGGCUAUCGAAACUCUUGGACAAUACACGUGCCAAGCGUACAACGGAGAAGGCAAGGCGGCGUCGUGGGUGGUGAAUGUACGCGCGUACAGACCUGAGGGACUGUUCAUUGAGAAUGAGUUGUUAGUGCCACGCGUGACGCAACAACCCUGGUCCAAGACACAAGCACCUACCACCGCGGAGUUAACAACUACCUUAUCCACUACUGAGGCUCGUUUACCUGUGUACACCGUGCCGGUGAGCGCGCACAUGUCCUCCCCGUACUCAACGCUGAACGUGGGCACAAGCCUGGAGCUGACGUGCGAAGUGGAUGGGUUCCCGGCGCCCGAUGUCUAUUGGACGAAGGGCGACGAACGUCUACAGCAGAGCGAAAGGAUUCGUAUUACUGGUAGCGAGGUGGUCUCCCGGCUGACAGUGCUGCAGGUGACAGUCGCAGAAAAAAAUGUAAUCAGCGGGCUGUACGCGUGCUCACGCCAGCAAAAUAUCCUACAGCUCGCAGACUGA